AUUACCAUUAAGAACAAUAAGAAGAGUGAAGAAUCAAUAAAGAAGAAAUCAGAAAUAUAUCAUAUUUAUCUUCCUAAUUUCUGAAUAGUUUUUUUUUCCUCAUUUUAUAACACUCUGCAUUUUUUGGCUUGAAUUUCUUUUUUCUAACCAAAGUAAUGGAUUUGCUUUGCAAAACCCUAAACCCACGCUUCUUGUGGCAGAUGCUAUAAAGCCACAACAAAUGGUACUCCCCUUGUUUGUGCGCCGGGAAAAUGGCCGGCCCGUUGCUCCGUUUCCUCUGGUCUACUUCCAGAAGAUCUUUCUCCUCCGUCUCCUUCUUCGAUCUAAACCCACACGACUAUACACGGCUUGCUAGAUCUGCACGCGCCUUCUCAGCCGCCACAGCCACAGCCCCUGCAGCCGCCACUGGUGGCGCGGUAGAGCCCAGACUGCUGAGGAACGUGGCCGUCAUAGCUCAUGUCGAUCACGGCAAGACCACUCUCAUGGAUCGGCUCCUCCGCCAGUGCGGCGCUGACAUCCCCCACGAGCGUGCCCUUGAUUCUAUCAGCCUCGAGCGCGAACGCGGCAUCACAAUUGCUUCCAAGGUUACUUCCCUGUCCUGGAAAGAAAAUGAGCUGAACAUGGUUGACACUCCUGGACAUGCAGACUUUGGUGGUGAGGUAGAGCGUGUAGUUGGCAUGGUUGAGGGAGCGAUUCUUGUUGUUGAUGCGGGUGAAGGACCACUUGCACAGACAAAAUUUGUUCUUGCCAAGGCGCUGAAAUAUGGUUUACGCCCAAUUCUUCUUCUAAACAAAGUAGACAAGCCUGCAGUUACUGAAGAGAGAUGCAAUGAGGUUGAGAUUCUUGUCUUUGACCUUUUUGCAAACCUGGGAGCUUCAGAGGAGCAAUUAGAUUUUCCAGUUCUUUAUGCGUCUGCCAAGGAAGGAUGGGCAUCAGCAGCCUAUACAAAAAGUCCACCAGACAAUGCCAAGGAUAUGUCCGAAUUGCUUGAUACAAUUGUACGGGAUGUUCCUCCACCAAGUGUCAACCUGGAUGCACCGUUUCAGAUGUUGGUUUCCAUGAUGGAUAAAGAUCCUUAUGUUGGGCGAACAUUAACUGGGCGUGUAUUUUCUGGAGUUGUUCAUGUUGGGGAUAAAGUACAUGGGCUACAUAAUACUGAGUCAGGGAUUGUCAAAGUUGAAGAAGGAAAGGUCACAAAAUUGAUGAAGAAGAAGGGUAUGAGUGCAGUUUCAGUUGAAUGUGCUGGUGCUGGGGACAUAGUGUCAAUGGCUGGCUUGGCAACUCCAGCAAUUGGUCAUACUGUUGCAAAUGUGGAGGUUUUGUCAGCUCUGCCCACCGUUGAUCUUGACCCUCCUACAAUUUCCAUGACUUUUGGUGUUAAUGAUUCUCCAUUGGCUGGGCGUGACGGAACCCAUUUGACUGGAGGAAAAAUUGGUGAUAGGUUAAUGGCAGAAGCAGAAACAAAUCUUGCUAUAAAUGUUCUUCCCAGCACGUCAGAGUCAUAUGAAGUACAAGGGAGGGGUGAACUUCAACUAGGCAUCCUAAUUGAGAACAUGAGACGCGAAGGAUUUGAACUGUCUGUCUCUCCGCCCAAAGUCAUGUAUAAAUAUGAGAAAUCUCAAAAGCUUGAGCCUAUUGAAGAAGUGACCAUUGAGGUUGAUGCUGAGCAUGUUGGUUUAGUCAUGGAAGCACUCUCUCAUAGGCGUGCUGAAGUGACAGACAUGGGCCCUGUCCCAGGAAAUGUUGGUAGGACAAGGAUUUGUUUGACUUGUCCUUCAAGAGGGUUGGUUGGUUACAGAAGUGUGUUCAGUAGUGAUACCCGUGGCACAGGAUUUAUGCAUCGUGCUUUUCUUAAAUAUGAGAAGCACCGUGGUCCUCUUGGAAAUGUCAGAAAAGGUGUUUUGGUAUCUAUGGGAUUCGGAACUACCACAGCUCAUGCAUUGACGAGUCUAGAAGCUCGUGGAGUUCUCUUUGUCAGUCCCGGGGUAGAGACAUAUGAUGGCAUGAUUGUUGGAGAACAUUCUCGAGACAGUGAUCUUGAUAUUAACCCGGUAAGGACAAAGGAGCUCACCAAUAUGCGUGCUGCUUGCAAGGAUGAGAACGUGAAGCUAACUCCUCCCAGACAGAUGACUCUUGAAGAAGCAAUAGGAUAUGUUGCAUCCGACGAGCUCAUUGAGGUUACACCAAAAGCCAUCAGGCUAAGAAAGAGAUAUUUGGACGUCAACAAGCGUAAAGCUACGAGGAACAAACCCAAGGAGUGAAAAACUUUUGACGAUUUGCAGCUUCACGCUAUUUUCGGAGUCUUUGGACUCUAUAUGUUCACUUUAGACUCCGUAUUUAUACGUACAUUUUUUUGACAUACAUAUGGUCUGUAAAUAACUGCUUCCUGUAACACCCCAUUGAGGAGAAUGAAACUUUGUUGUGCCAAAUGGUAGAACCAAUAAGUGAAGCUCUCUCCAUCACAUUUAUUCUUUGUUGUGCCAAAUGGUAGUACAUUUUUUUAAAAUGGUUUUUUUGUUACAACACAUCAGUUAUGGACUAAGGCCCUGUUUG